AUGUACUUACUGACACUUAUCCUAAACCAUCAUAUCCGGAUAAUCUUAUUACUUAACGACUGCUUGCUAUAACAUAAUACGCUGCGAAAUUAAUAUUUCCUGUUUUCGUUACAACAUACAAGAAAUUUAAAAAAUUUUGGUAUGUAAUCGUAGAAAAUAUUAUGAGCAAAAGAAAUCCCUAAGAAAGUGAAAUUUUUGUACAUAAGGAACUGUAAAUUAUCUUUUUUACCACGUCCACCGUUUAAAAAUAGUGAUUAAAAAAUUUAAAAUAAAGUAAUGGAAUAGUGAGAAAUUUCGUUAAGUAAUAUAAAUGAAAAUUAUUCUCUCAUGUUUACUAGCAAGGAGCAAUUAAUAAAACGUACUGGGAAAAAUUCUAUUGGUCGUUAUGAUUUCUUAAAACUUUUAGCUACAGAAUUUAAGACCACUAAAUCUAAAGAAGCAAGGGAACAAGUGUUAGCAAACCUUGCUAAUUUUGCUUAUGACCCUAUCAAUUAUGGAUACAUAAGACAACUACAAAUAAUUGAUUUGUUUCUUCACGCUUUGUCAGAAAAUAAUUUAAAAUUAGUACGUUUUGCAGCAGGAGGUAUUUGUAAUGUAUGUGCUGAUCCAAUAAAUAAACUAUACAUUUUACGUAACCAAGGCAUUAGUCUAUUAACAUCAUUAAUUUCUUCACAAGAUGAAGAUAUCAUACUUUCAGUAAUUACUAGUUUAAUAUUUUUAAUUACCCCUGAUUAUAAGAGUGAAGUAACAGCUGAAUUAAUUGGAAAAAUAUCUGAUUUGUCAAAUCAUGAAAGUAAUCGUAUUAAAAAUUUAGCAGCAAUGUUUUUAAAUGAUUGCACUGAAAUAAAGGAUAAAGUUGAAAAUUCUAAAAAUACAAUAAAAAAAGAAGUAGUUAAAAAAUUAUAUAUUAUAAUUCAAUUGUGGAGUAAAAUGAAGUUCUCUGAGCCAUUCUUUAAAUUGCUAAAAAGGUAUGUGCAAAAAUAUUGUACAGGAUCUUCAGAUGUUCUAAACACUAUGAAAGUUGGAAAUGAAAUAUCAGUUUUUAAAACAGUUACCAAAGAUGACAUACUAAAUUUUGCAAAAUUAACUGGUGAUUAUAAUCCAAUACAUUUUGUGACAUCAAAUAAUCUUGUUCAUGGUGCUCUACUCAAUGGCUUAGUAUCGGGAGUACUUGGUACAAAAAUGCCAGGCCCAGGAACCAUAGUAGUUGAACAAACCUUUACAUUUCCAGCACCAUGUUAUGCUGGAGAUAUAAUAGAAAUAAAAGUGCAAAUUGUUUCUAUAAGAAAAAUUAUGAAAUGUGAAUAUAUUUGUAUUGCAAAUGGCAAAAAAAUAGUUUUAAAAGGAAAUGCAAAACUUAUCAAAAAGUUAUAAAAUAUCAAUGCAUGAUAAAGUGAAUAUGUAUAAUCUUAUCAACAAGAAAGUAAUCUAAAUCUUAUUGUUGUACAUGUAUUUAUUUGUAUUUUAAGAUUAUAUUCAUAUCAAAAGAAUAAAACAAGCUUUUUUUUAAAUACAAUAUGAUUACAGUACUGGAGUAUUAUGAAAUAUUGCUUAUUAUGAAUGUGACCUAUUUUAAUUGCUGAUUUUACAAAACAAAGCACUUUCAACAAAACCUGCACGACUUAUUGAUUUUCAUUACUUCAUGCAAGUAAUGCAGACAAUUUGAUUAA